CACACUUAAUAAUAUGUCUUACAGAUACUGCAUUGGACAUACAAUGACGUGUUGUCCUGAUGGCUCACAUCCGGGUGGGGAUCCAUAUCCUGGGUAUUCCUGGAAGGAUAAAGGAAUUAUAGAAAAGGUUGGUGAUAUGGAUGUGUAUAGAGUAGGAAAUUCCAGAAGAUGUAUUGUCUGGUGCUACGACAUAUAUGGGUUUAAGGGUGGCAGGACAAGAGAAUUAUGUGAUAAGCUAUCAGAUAAAGGUUAUAUGGUUCUUCUACCUGACUUCUUCAGAGGAGAAUCAAGGGGUUUGGAAGACGAAGACUUGAUUAGCUGGGUUGUGACGCAAUCAGACUGGGUUGGUCAAAGGCAGUUUGAGUGGGUAGAGAAUCUUUUACCAUAUGCUAGGUCCAAAGGCGCCGAAGUAUUUGGAGCAGUUGGAACAUGUUGGGGAGCUUAUCUAGUAACUAAGCUAUCUAGCUACGCAGAGUUUAAAGCAGGAGCUUGUUUCCAUCCGGCUCUCACUUUAGUUACAGAACUUGCUUUACAACAAAACCUUUAUGAAUUGCUUGAUGAAGUUCAGUGUCCGCAACUAUUAAUAACUGCGGGAAACGAUCACGAUAACGAGAAGAAGGGUGGACUAGCCAAUAAAGUGUGGGGGGUGAUGAAGUUUGGAAUUCAUUGUGAGUAUAAGGAAUACAAGAAUAUGCUACAUGGCUGGAUGGUUCGAGGAGAUAUGAGGAAUGAAUCCAUCAGCACUGAUGCAAAAGCUGCCUUCAACCUGCUUGUUUCAUUUCUUGCAACUAAUUUAAAAUAAAGCUACUUUAAUACAAAAUUAAUUAACAAUUUGUCCCAUAAUUAGAUACAUAAUAUGUUAAUAAAGAUAGAUUGAAAUUAA